CACCAUUGCUGCGACAUCUUCCUAUAUAUAAGCAGAACUGUGGCGGUCACUGGUCCGGGUAUUACCAUUGAGCAGAGAGAGAGUGAGAUGGGGUGCUCAACUGCAGAAACUCAGCAGCAGAAGCCACACGCAGUGCUGCUGCCAUUUCCAGCACAAGGCCAUGUGAACCCAUUCAUGCAACUCGCCAAGCUCUUGCACUCCGAAGGCUUCCACAUAACAUUCGUCAACACCGAGCACAACCACAGGCGCCUGGUUCGAACCAGAGGGCCUGAAGCCGUGAAGGGUCUCCCCGAUUUCCAGUUCGAGGCGAUCCCUGAUGGGUUGCCGCAGUCGGAUAAGGACGCCACUCAAGACCCUCCUGCCCUCUGUUAUGCCGCCCAGAACUACUGCUUGCAGCCAUUUAUGGAGCUGAUGGAGAAGCUCAGGUCAAGCACUCCGCAACUUCCUCCAGUUACUUGCAUAGUUUCUGAUGGAAUCAUGACUUUUGGGAUCGAAGCCGCGGAACUGCUCCGGGUCCAGCACGCUUCGUUCUGGACCGCCUCAGCUUGCGGCCUCGUUGGGUAUCUGCAAUUCGAUGAACUCGUCGCACGAGGCAUCUUUCCAAUCAAAGGUGAGGCCAACUUGAGUGACGGAACACUUGACAGUCCGUUAGAUUGGAUUCAAGGAAUGAGCAACAUUCGUCUUAAGGAUCUACCAAGCUUUGCAACAAGCACGGAUGCGGAAGAUGUAAUCUUCCACUUCCUCAGGAUUGAAGCCAGGAGCUGCUUGAAAUCCAGUGCAAUCAUCUUCAAUACCUUUGAUGAAUUCGAGGAACAAACACUUGCAACCAUCAGAAAGGACUACUUCCCCUUCCCUCGUCACAUCUACACUAUUGGCCCGCUCCAUUUGCUUGGACACGAAAUGGCUGCCCCCAGAGCUGAAUCCAAGACCAUCGGUUCAAAUCUAUGGAAGGAAGACCCGAAAUGUAUGGAGUGGCUCGACCAAAGAGAACAAGGGUCGGUUGUGUAUGUCAACUAUGGAAGCGUGACGGUUAUGUCUGACGAACACCUCAGGGAAUUCGCGUGGGGGCUCGCAGAGAGCAAGCGCCCAUUUCUAUGGAUUGUAAGACCGGAUAUCGCAAUGGGGGAUUCAGCGAUCCUGCCAAGCGAGUUUCUAGAGGCGAUCGAAGGUCGUGGGUGUCUAGCCAGCUGGUGCAUACAGCAGGAAGUGCUUUCACAUUCUUCCGUGGGAGUUUUCCUGACGCAUUGCGGAUGGAACUCUACGGUAGAGAGCGUCUCAGCGGGCGUUCCUGUGAUCUGCUGGCCCUUUUUCGCAGAGCAACAGACUAACUGUCGAUAUGCUUGCAGCCAAUGGGGGAUUGGUGUGGAGCUAAGUGCUGAUGUGAAGAGGAGCGAGGUUGUGGACGUGAUCGAGGAGAUGAUAUGUGGAGAGAAAGGGAAGGCGAUGAAACAUAAGGCUUUGGAAUGGCAGAGGAAAGCGAAAGAAGCUGUUGUCGAUGAAGGGUCAUCAUUCAUUAACUUCAGAAGACUUGUCCAAGAAUAUUGUCUGCAAUCAUAAAUAUGACAACUAUUAUAAUAAGAACAUGUUAAUGUUUGCUCAUGGAGAUAAUAAAAAGCAUUCGAGAUACCGGUGUUGGUUUUGUAAGUGAUUUGGGUAAUACUUUAGCUUAACUAGUUCACUCUAUUGUGUUUGUGUAGUAAAAUUGAGGAGAUUGCUCAUUCCCUUUGUCUUAACAGGCAGGGGUGAACAAAAUCAUCCUGGAGUUUGGAUGCGAACCAUUCAAACCAAUCUAUCUAAAAAAUAUUCAAUGAAAUCCAACUAUAUCAUUGGAUGAGGGUUUUGAGAUAUUUAC